UUCAUCUCUCUUCCUUUGCAAUUCAUCGGCCUUCGUCCAUUUUAUUCCCUCACCUUUUCUUCUUUAUUUUCUCCUCGCUUUUCUUCAAGAAUCUCCAAAUUUUUUCCGAGAAAAUCCAUUCCUUUGUCCUUUACACUCAGAUCCGAACUUGAGUCCGUUUCUCCGAAUUCUCGCCGCUGUAAAUCGUCGUUGCUUGAUUCUUCUUCUGGGUUCUUCCCUUUUCCCUCGCAAAAAAGUUUGCAGACUCGCGUUUUUCUUCCUCGCGAAGUCCCGAACUUUUUUCCGACUAAAUCCGCCGCUUGGGUUUUGGUUUAGGUUCAGCAACUCUGCGGUUACUUCUUUUUCUACUUGAUGUAAGAUUCGCUCCCGAUAUUGCUCCGUCUCUGUUCUAGCAACUAGGGUUUAGCCCUGUCAGAUCGAGGAGGGGUGAGGUUUGCCCGGAUCAGGUUCAUCGUGUCCGAAUCGGCGAUCAGAUUCCAUAGAUGGACAGAUUUUUGAGUAAUUCCCGCUGGUGAAUCGGAUUCUGGUUUCAGAUUCUUUGCAAGACGUAGUUUUUUUUUUCUGUGGGAACAGAGCGAUGGAUCACGUAAUCGGCGGAAAGUUUAAGUUGGGUAGGAAGAUCGGUAGUGGAUCCUUUGGUGAACUUUAUUUAGGGGUUAAUGUCCAAACUGGAGAAGAAGUUGCUGUUAAGCUGGAAUCUGUGAAGACUAAGCAUCCUCAACUUCACUAUGAAUCCAAAAUAUACAUGCUUCUUCAAGGAGGGACGGGAAUUCCCCAUCUCAAAUGGUUCGGUGUCGAGGGCGAAUAUAAUUGUAUGGUUAUUGACCUUCUUGGUCCAAGCUUGGAGGACCUUUUCAAUUACUGCAAUCGAAAGUUUUCUUUGAAAACUGUCUUGAUGCUUGCUGAUCAGUUAAUAAACCGAGUUGAGUACAUGCACUCUCGGGGAUUUCUUCACCGUGAUAUUAAACCCGACAACUUUUUGAUGGGCUUGGGACGAAAAGCAAACCAGGUGUACGUCAUCGACUAUGGCCUUGCUAAAAAGUAUAGAGAUCUCCAGACACACAAACAUAUACCAUACAGGGAAAACAAGAAUCUUACGGGAACUGCUCGGUAUGCAAGUGUCAACACCCACCUUGGAAUUGAGCAAAGUAGAAGAGAUGAUCUGGAAUCGCUCGGUUACGUGCUGAUGUAUUUUCUAAGGGGAAGUCUUCCAUGGCAAGGCCUGAAAGCUGGUACCAAGAAGCAGAAAUAUGACAAGAUUAGCGAAAAGAAGAUGCUUACCCCUGUAGAGGUUCUUUGCAAAUCGUUCCCAUCAGAGUUUACGUCAUAUUUCCAUUUCUGCCGAUCAUUGAGGUUUGAGGACAAACCCGAUUAUUCGUACCUGAAAAGACUUUUCAGGGAUCUUUUCAUUCGGGAAGGUUAUCAGUUUGACUAUGUGUUUGAUUGGACAAUCUUGAAGUAUCCUCAGAUCGGUUCGAGUUCAAGGCAAAGGCCGAACCCAAGACCGGCAUUAGACGCUCCAGGACCUUCUGCAGAAAGAGCUGAAAAGCCUACAGUGGGACAGGAUCUCCGGGAGAAAUUCUCGGGCGCAGUUGAAGCUUUCACGAGACGGAAUCUUUCGGGCCAUGGUGACCGUUCUAGGCAGAGAUCUUCGGAUGAUGUACCUUCUUCUAAGGAAGUGAAUGAAGCUGAAAGACCAAGGUCCACGUCUCGGAAUGGGAGCACAUCGAAAAGAGCGGUCAUGACGAGCAGCCGGCCUGGUUCGUCAGGUGAGCCAAGCGAGAGCAGAUCAAGCAGGCUGUUUUCAAGCGGCGGUGGUACUGGUCGUGUCUCUUCGACCCAUCAUCAUCGGAUUCAAGCAGGAUACGAAUCAAAGUCGUCAUCGUUUGCCCGUGCAACUGCCACGACCAUGAGGCCAGGGCGUGAUGACGCCCUUAGAAGCUUCGAGCUCCUCACCAUCGGCGGCUCCGGCAAGAAGAAGUGAGAGAGAGAGAGAGGUACAUACAUGUUGAAACUGGGAAGAGCUUACAUGGGAGAAGAAGAAAAACGUCACAGGAGGGAGAUAUAAUCAAAUUCUCUCUCUCUCUCUCUCUCUCUCUCUCUCUCUCUCUCUCUCUCUCUCGUUUCUCUGUUUUAGAUGAGUUUGUUCAUUAAGUCUGAAAAAAGCAAGAGUUAGUACUCUGUACUUCAGAAUGGAAAUGUUAAAGACAUGUUAUUGAAUUGUUAAAUGUGGUAAUGAAUUUAAGUUUGACGCA